CUUUGGCUUUUCUUUACAUUGAAAGAUGCAUUUCUUCUAGUGCAUGGAUAGAAGAAUCCAAUAUCAAACCAUACCAACAAUAUAAAGAUACUUUGGUAAAAUCAAGCAAGUCUGUUGCUUUUAAAGAUGCAGUGGAAGCUAUAGAAGAUUAUAUUGCGAAAGGAGAGGUAUUCGAAGAUGGUUUAGAUCCAGAUUCAUUAUUCGAUAGAUUGAAGGAAGACACAUUAUCUCCGGAAAAGAAAAUGGUUUCAAAAAUACCAAAGCCACGCAAGGAGACACCAAAAGCUAAACGGUUGGAUAGUAGUGGCAGCGAUACUCGUCGUCCAGCAAAGAAACAACGCAGAGAGUCCAGUACAAGCAAUAGUAACCGAGUCGGUAGCAUUAGUCCUGCAUUGAAUCAUUCUACUCCUACGAGGAAGUCAGGUUCAACUCUUCUAAACAGGCCAGCCAUCAUCACCAGACCUGUAAGUUUUAUUAAGUUAUUUCUCAUCGAAAGAAACUUUCAUCUUUUUCAAUCAGUUAUAGAUACAAUUAUUUUGCAUUAUAUUUAAUAGAUAUUAUCAAAC